AACAGUAGGUAUAUAAUCAGAAACCAAAAAUGGGGGACUAACUACAGCCACUUAUGAGAUGCUGCUGCUCUCUUCUUCCAUCCCCUUGAGUUGGGGAACUUUCUGUCCCUCUCAAGCUUCUCUCAACUGCACUUUCGGAGUUCCUUUUAAUCACUCAAAGUUACAAACUUCUCUGAGAUUCUCAGCUUUUAAAACCAGAGCCACCUUUGACGAAAAGGACCAAAAUUCUCAAGCUUCCAUUCUUAUUCAAGAAGAGGAAUUCAAACAACCCAACUGGGAAGUUGAAGAGAGUGUAAGAGUACUGAAAAAUGCUGCAAAAACAAGAAAGGUUGCAGCAGGGGAGAUACUGGCUGCUUUCUCUGUGAUUGAGAAAGCAAAAAUUGAUUCUUCAAAGUUUCUUGAAACUCUUGGUGGAACCGAAUCUCCGGGGAGGACGUGGAUGCUUAUUUUUACUGCUGAGAAAGGUUUAGAACGAGGUAGAUAUUUCCCAAUUACAGCUGUUCAGAGAUUUGAUGCAGCUGCAAAAAGGAUCGAAAAUGGUGUUUUCUUGGGGCCUCUUGGAUUCUUGACAUUUGAAGGGAGGUUUUCAUGGAAGAAUAAGAUUCUUGCUUUUGUAUUUGAGCAGCUUCGGAUAAAAGUUGGACCAUUGAAUCCCUUUAAUAUCAGUAUUAAGGGAAAAGAUGAAAGAGAGCCGAGCAAUAAGGAUAAGGAUCCAUUUUUUAUCUGGUUUUACAUAGACGAGGAAAUAGCUGUUGCUCGAGGACGGAGUGGGGGGACAGCUUUCUGGGUCCGUUGUCGACGUGUUGGCUAUUCCUAAAAGCUUUUGUAUGUAUAUAUAGUUUGACUUUCUCAAUGCACAUGACAUUGGAUCGAAAUACUAUACCGAUGAAAUUGUGAAGUAAUAAGCUAUAUGUAAAGGAAUUAGGAGACAAAUUUGUCAAUGUUUAUAGAAAGCCUUCGUCUCGUUCACCGUUUCA